UGGCCCAUAUGAUAUUGCUACUAGUAACUGAACGGAACUUCAAAUUCUAGAGAGAGAGAGAGGUGUUUUCCGGCGAAACAAUGGACGUGUUGUUCAAGUCAAUCAACGUACGAGAUCUACUCUCAUCAUCACCUAACAUCGACGACGUUAACUCACCGUUAUCCGCACCAGAUCUCCGUCUUCUCAUCUCCCAACUCCAACUCCAUUCCGUCGAUAUAAAAUCCAAAGUCCGUCAAUACAUUCUCUCACAUUACUCCGAUUUCUCAUCACUCUUCUCUCAAUCCUCUAACACCGUUACAAAAUCCGAACAUUUAACGUCUCGGUUAUCCGAUUUGAUCCAAUUAAUAUCGGAUCAUCCAGUUGAAACGCAAAUUAAAGAGGUGAUUGAUGAGAUUGUGGUGAAAAGUAAGGAGUUGAAGGAGAAAAAGGAGUUGUUAGGGUUAGUUGACGUGAUUUUGGAGUUGAAUGAUGGAAUUAGGUUUGUUAAGGAUGAGAUUAAGGCUGGGAGAGUUGAGAAUGCGGCGGUAGGGUUAACGGAGUUGAAGAAGGCGGUGUUGAUGACGUGUAAUGAUGAAACGACGACGAAUCCUUUGGUUUAUGGAUUGUUGAAGGAUGAGUGGACUGAGUGUUUUGAGGAGAUGCAAGAGGUGCUUUUGCAAUGUAUGGACAAUGCAGUGUGGUUUGAGCAAGAAAGCAAUACAGUUCACCUGAAGUAUCAGUCGAGCAUCAAAGGUGUUGAUGGGAUUGAGCUCCACACAGUUUUAAAAGCGAUGGAUGCAGUUGGUAUUAUGGAUUAUGGGCUGGCGAAAGUAGCAGAUUUGAUGAUUAAACAUGUAAUAACACCAGUGGUGAGUUUUAGGUCAACUAUUGUGGUGGAAUGGACUAAUCAGGAGUCCGGAAAUGGUGCCGAUGCAAUUCUGAAGAUACUUCCAUCUGCUGAUCCAAAUGUUGACAGCGUGGAUGGUGCAAGUAUGUACUCUGUUCUUGUUGAUGUUGUCAAGUUUAUCAGUAAGUCUUUGUGCUUUGAAAAUAGUGCGUGGAUGCUCUGCUUUGGAAGAUUAACAUGGCCAAGGAUGUCAGAUUUGAUAGUAUCCAACUUCCUCUCCAAGAACGUGCCUGAUGAUGCUUCCAAGCUAGCGGACUUUCAGAAAAUUGUAAAGUGCACAUCUGAGUUUGAGGCAAGUUUGAAGGAGUUAAUGUUCAUUGCUUCCUCUGAUGGAAAGGAUGAAAGAUUGAGCAAAUUUGCGGACAAUGUGGAGGUUCAUUUUGCAUCGAGGAAAAAGGUUGAGAUUUUGGCCAAGUCUAGAAAUCAACUCUUACAGUCUGACUUCCGCCUUCCUGAAGAUAUCACUAGGAGAAACUCUAAAGUUAAGGAUGAUGAUAAUGCUGAAAGUUCGUCUGACCUUGUUGUCGAUUUGCUUUUUACAUCUGAGAGAUGUGUGGUGUCUGAAGCAGCUUCAGGACUAAUGAAGUUAGUUCAUGGAACACUCAAGGAUGUUUGCUUGUCAUCUCCUAGAGUGGGAUUGGAAUUCUAUCACGCUGCUAGGGACUCUCUACUUCUUUAUGAAGCUGUCAUACCUGUCAAGUUUGAAAGGCAGCUUGAUUCCAUUAACCAUUCUGCCGUUCUUAUUCACAACGAUUGCCACUAUCUAUCUCAGGAGAUUCUUGGACUUGCAUUUGAGUACCGCUCAGACUUUCCUGCUUCAAUGAAGGAGCUUGUUGUAUUUGCUGAUUUAGCUCCAAGAUUCCAGAUGCUUGCCGAAGAAGUUCUACAAAGACAAAUUAAACUCGUCAUUUAUAACCUAAAACAGGCUAUUGAUGGGGCCGAUGGUUUUCAAAAUACUCACCAAAUGAAGCAAUAUGAAUCUGCUAAGUUGAGCAUUGACCAGGUGAUUUUCAUACUUGAGAAAGUAUAUAUUAUAUGGCACCGUUUACUCUUACCUUCUGCCUACAAGAGAAGUAUGUGCAUGGUGCUGAAUGCAGUCUUUUCUAGAAUAGCAAAUGAUAUCCUCCUCCUAGAUGAUAUUGCUGCAGAAGAAACAUUGCAGCUCCAAAGGCUGAUUCAUCUGCUAUUCGAGAAUCUGUCUUCUUUGUUGGACUCUGUAUUGGCUAUCAACCAGACAGGAAAGUUGCAGGAAUCUCCUGCACAAACUCUUGAUGAUCUUAUUCCAUCCCUCCGGAAAUUACGCAAACUAGCAGAUCUCCUGGACAUGCCAUUGAAAUCUAUUACUGCAGCUUGGGAGACUGGUGAACUUGUCAACCAUGGUUUUAAGCAAUCAGAGGUUGAAGACUUCAUCAGAGCCAUAUUUGCAGAUUCACCGCUGAGGAAAGAGUGCUUACGAAGAAUAGAAAGUACAUAUUACUAAGCUUUAAGUUACAGUUAGCUCAUUUGUUGCUACAGCUAGUAGUUUACUUGUGCUGGAUCUCUCUUAACCUCGAUAAGUUAAGCGAUCGCUUCUUUUGCUUCAGAAGCCUUCUAUAGUCCAUUUAUUCCAAGUGUUAAAUCAACGAAUUGCUAUCUUUAUGUAUUUAGUGGAAUUUGGUAGUUCGAACCAUAGAAUGUACUUGAUAGGUUUUUUUUUUUUUUUUUGAAAUGUAAAUCGGUUCAUUGUACAUUUAUGAGCAUGGCUUACAACUGACAGACAAAUGACACAUUUUAGAUUCUUUGAGUUGAUUGGAAUUAGAGUAGGACUGCAUUUUCCCAAUUUAGCAAUUGUAAUGUGAAAAUAUGUUUGCACUGUC